CCAUGCAGAGCAGAAGGUCUUGUGAAGGGGUUGGGGGAGGAGGACAGAGAGCUGAGCAACAGGCUGAUUAAGAGCCACUUCCUUCCUCCGCCGGAGCACUAAACAUGGAGUCGGAGGGCUAUAAAUGCGAGAGGGACGUUUUCUCCAACAAACAAGCCUAUGGACUGACCAGGGCUUAACCGCAGGACACCUGGGGUCAACCAUGAGGGACGAGACGGGACUGUGUGUCUUCUUGUUGGCUUUGCUGGUGGGGAGAGCCGGCGGGAUGGAGCCCAGCACCGGGUACUGCGUCGGUACCCGGUGCUUCACGGUGCACCACCACGCCAGCGACUUCACAGCCGCCCAGCAGCAGUGCGGAGGACGGGACGGACACCUGAUGACGCUGCGCUCCUCCGGGGCCCACGACAUCCUCUCCCUCUUGGUGGGGAACUUCACAGGGAGGUUCUGGAUCGGUUUGCAUCUGGAGACCGGCUGUCCGGACCCUGAUGUUGAGCUGAAGGGGUACCAGUGGGUGACAGACGACACCCAGAGCGACCUCUCCAACUGGGGGACCGGGUUUGAUGGCAGCUGCUCGUCUGGUCGCUGCGUCUCGGUUUCCCAACAGGACCAGUUCCAGUGGAUCCAGAACCAGUGCGGUGGAGACUCGGAUGGGUUCCUCUGCGAGUACAGCUUCAGGGACCCGUGUAAAGGGCUUGGAGUCGGGGAGGGUGAGUCCGUCAUCUACACGACCCCCAUGGGCUUCACCGGGGAGGAUCUGCUGUCCCUGCCUCCCGGGAGCACCGCGGUCCGGGUCCCGACAGAGUCCAAAUACGUGUGCUUCACGGAGCGGUGGCUGGAGGCCCCCUGGAGCUGCGAGAUAGACCAGGGCGGCUGCGAGUACAGGUGUGCGGUGACCCCCAAACAACACCUGUACACCUGCUACUGCCCGACGGGACGCACCGUCAACGCGGCCAACAGGGUCACCUGCGAGGAGGCGGACGAGCACGAGCCGUGCGCGGCCCUGAGAUGCGCGCACGUCUGCUACAGGGAUGGAGAUGGAGGUGAUGGAGCCUACGCGUGCAUGUGCCUGGAGGGCUUUAAGCUGGCGGGAGACGGCAGGUCGUGCGUGGAGGUCGACCACUGCGGGGACGCGCGUCAGUGUCCAGGUGAGCACUACCUGUGCGUGAACAGCGUGGGCGCGUUCCAGUGCGUGUGCGACCGCGGGUACGAGCCCCGCAGCGACCUGUGCGUCGACGUGGACGAGUGCGUGUCUGCUCCCUGCGAACACGUCUGCUCCAACACCCCCGGCAGCUACCAGUGCUCCUGCUAUGAUGGGUACCAGCAGGACCAGUCCGCACCGCACAGGUGUCGGCUCCACUGCGGGGACGAGGAGUGCGUGGCCGAGUGCGACCCCAACAUCCCGUCCCAGUGCUACUGCCCCGACGGGUACGUGUCGGAGGAGAGGGAGGACCACACGGUCUGCAUAGACAUCAACGAGUGUGUGGCGUUUUAUUGCGAUCAGGACUGCAGGAACACGUUCGGCAGCUACGUGUGUGCGUGUUCUGCGGGGUACACGUUGAUGGGAGAGUACAGGUGCGUUAAGGAUGAGGAUGGAGAUGGAGAGGAGGGGUCCGGAGAGGCCACGACGACCAGGAGCAGUCCGGGUCCGGGUCCGGGUCCGACCAGGAGGCCCUCGUCCGUGUCUGCGGGGGGUCUCGCUGGGAUCAUAGUGUGCACGGUGUUUCUGACUCUGCUGGUGGUGUUUCUGGCGCAUCGCGUCCUCAGCAGCAGGCAGGAGAUGGAGAUGGAGAUGGGAGAGGAGGAGGAGGAGGAGGAGGAGGUGGUGGUGCGUUCAAAGCCGCGGAGGAUGAAGCGCACUGUCUACAACGCGUGGGGAGUGAUGCUUAAAGUUUUUAGUUUUUUGUGAAUAUACAGUUGAAGCCUGGAAACCAACAGAAACAAUGAGAUGACUCAGUAAAACCAGUAUGGAGACAAGAGUGAUGCCACAACAGAAAUAUAACAAAAGAUAUUUGGACUGUUUUUUCUGUGCCAUUCAACUCGAUUCAAUAAAAU